CAACUCACAUAGAGAAAUAAGAUUCUUUCGAUGCCACUUUGACUGAAACGCCCCGCAAACCUACAAGCUUCCUCCACUUUCUCGGCCACUAGUUCAAGAACACAUUUUGUUACUUCCACAAUGUUCUUCGGCUAGAAUUCUGAACCAAAGCCAAAACAACCCUAGAAAAUAGAGGAGAAAAUGAGGAGAGCAACCGGUUGAGAUAGCAAGUAUUCUCUAUCAAAUAUGGGUGUAAUAAGUCCACUCAAAGGUCAAUCUCACACUCAUUCGCUCACCAAGAAGUUCUUGUCUUAUGUUCUUUAUGCUCUCCUCCCCAUAGCUCUCUUUCGCUUGUACUGUCACCCUUUUCCUCUCCCUCAAUCUACCACAGAUCAGCUUCCUCACAACAAUCGCCUCAUCCUCACCACUUCUUCUUCUCCUCCUCUUUCUUUAUCUUUCUCCAAAGAAAAGGAAAUAGCUUAUGAAACUCCAUGUGACUACACCAAUGGCAGAUGGGUACAUGACAAGAUGGGGCCUUUGUACAAUGGCACAACCUGUGAUACAAUUAAGGACGGUCAGAAUUGCAUCUCUCAUGGGAGACCUGACUUGGGUUACCUUUAUUGGAGAUGGCAACCAAGCCAAUGCAAGCUCUCCAGGUUUGAUCCCAACACUUUCUUGAACCUCUUUAGUAACAAGCAUUUAGCUUUUGUUGGUGAUUCCAUGGCUAGGAACCAACUGGAAUCACUUCUUUGCAUGCUAGCCGCUGCCUCAAAUGCUAACCUGGUUUAUAAAGAUGGGGAGGAUAACAAGUUUCGUAGAUGGCAUUUUGCUUCUCAUAACAUUACUAUAUCAGUUUACUGGUCACCAUUUCUGGUUAGAGGUGUUGAGAAAUCAAAUAUUGGUCCAGAUCAUAACGAAUUGUAUGUGAAUACUGUUGAUGAGAGGUGGGGGGCUGAUUUGGACCAUAUAGAUAUGAUUGUACUCUCAAUAGGGCAUUGGUUUCUUCAUCCUGCAGUUUAUUAUGAGGGUGGUUCGAUAUUAGGUUGCCAUUACUGCCCUCGACUAAAUCACACUGAGAUAGGAUUUUAUGAUGUGAUGAGCAAGGCCAUAAAGACUGCACUUAAGACAAUAAUUGAAAGGAAAGGGGCUAAUGGUAAUGGAGUUGAUGUGUUUCUGACCACAUUUUCACCUUCACAUUUUGAAGGUGAAUGGGAUAAGGCUGGUGCUUGUCCCAAGACAAAACCUUACAAGGAGGGAGAGAAGAUGCUUGAAGGAAUGGAUGCAGAUAUGAGAGCAAUUGGGGUUGAAGAAAUGGAGGCUGCAAAGAUAUAUGCUAAGCAAUUUGGAGGGUUGAGGCUAGAGAUAUUGGAUGUGUCCAAAUUAUCAUUAAUGAGGCCGGAUGGUCAUCCAGGGCCUUACAUGUAUCCAUUUCCAUUUGCUAACGGAGCUCAACAGCACGUACAGAACGAUUGUGUACAUUGGUGUCUGCCAGGUCCUAUAGAUACUUGGAAUCAGAUAUUGUUAGAAGUUAUCAGGAAACGGAGUAUGCAAUCAAGGAGAGAAGAGUGAGGCAAUACAAAACUAAGUGCUAUGUUUUGAUUUAUUUUGCUAUCUUGCUCGAUUUGGUCGGCGUAUGUUUCUUUCUGAAAGCAAACAGAUAAAUGAAGAAAUUUUGUUUGGGAUCUCUUUCAGCUUUGUUAGCAAGGAAAUGAAAAGAAUGUGGUUAAUGAAAGUGAGAUUGAUUAUUGCUCUGUGGGGUGACAAAGAUAGCAACUCUUUUGGAACAUCUGUUGUUUUGUUUUUUAAUAAAAUGUGUACAAAUGGUAUCAAUGUGAAAUGUGUAGAGGAAUUUUAAAGAUCUUUGGCAUUUUUUAUUUGUUUCUAUGGAAACAAGGUGGUUAUCUAGGCUAUUUCCCCAGGAAUUUGUUCCUACAGUUUUAACUAUUCUGGAAUUUGUCUGUGGUAGUAUGUAUUAGCCUUGAAUCAUAAUAUUUUACUAUAUGAAUUUUUCUAAUAUC